CAAUAUGGACGACGUGUAAGUUUAAAGUUUAUCCGUUUACAACAAUAGUACAGCAGUAAUUGUUAAAAAUGGGUGAUAGUGUUAAUUCCAAGUCGAAUUCCUCGCAAAAUGAUCCGGUGAUGAAGGGGUGGCUCUUCAAAUGGACGAAUUACCUGAAAGGUUACCAGAGGAGGUGGUUCGUUCUCCAAAAUGGGCAUCUGUCUUACUACAGGGCCGAAAACAACGGAGGUGUGCCCACACUGACAAUUCGGAGACGUAGGAGAUUCAGGCAGGGAAAUCAAGCCGAGAUGGCCCACACGUGUCGCGGCAGCAUAUCCCUGCACGGAGCCCUUAUUUACAGCGUGGACACCUGCACCUUCGUCAUCUCCAACGGCGGCACCCAGACGUUCCACAUCAAGGCCUCCACGGAGGUGGAGAGGCAACAGUGGGUGACGGCCCUUGAGCUGGCUAAGGCCAAGGCGAUGCAGUUGACUUCCGGUGAUUUUUCCAGAAGGAACAUGGAGUCAGAAGAGGACGACGAGGAGGCCGAGGUGAACGGCGUCCCGGAGGACUGGUCGGGCAUCGUCAGGAAGCUAGAAUCUCAGUUGAACGACCUGCAGACCUGCAGCGAUGUGCUGGCCAAGCACUGGAAGAACCUCACGAAACCCCUAAGCGAGAUGGAGACCAACGCCGACUCCGAGGCCCUCCAGAGCAAGACGAAGGAGGUGUGCGAGCGGGCUACGCUCUUCAGGAUCGCGACCAACGCCAUGAUAAACUCUUGCGGUGAGUAUUUAAAGACGGCCCACAAUCAUGGGCACAAGCUGGUGAGGGCCUUGCAACACGAAAAAGAGCAAAGGGCCAGACUUCAAGACAUGGUGGAGACUUUGGCCCAACAACACUCGAAGCUUGAACAGGCCGCCAACGCUCACACACAGAGGCCAGCAAUUAGUGCCAGUGAGAACGAGGAGGAAGAUGACAAUGAAUUUUAUGACGCUCUAGCUGAAGGUGGGGGCACUCCGAACCAACACGGUGACGAUCUCUUCACCUUGAAUAUCCGUACAGGGCACAGACGUAACAGUUCAGACAGCUCUAGCGAAACCGAGGAGACACGUGAGACGAAACAGGUUGUAGUGGUGACUGGCAAACAUACGAAUAUAUCGCGGACAGGCACAGAGAGGAGCGCGGAAACAAAUGAAAAUACGGCAGCCUCAAAUACUAGUAAGCGACAACGGCGCACCCGAGUCCCCGACAAGCCCAACUACCCCCUAAAUCUGUGGAGUAUCAUGAAGAACUGUAUAGGAAAGGACCUGUCCAAGAUACCGAUGCCGGUGAAUUUCAGCGAACCGUUGUCCAUGCUGCAACGAUUGACGGAGGACUAUGAGUACGCCGACAUAUUGGACUACGCCGCAAAAUGUACCGACCCCUGCGAACAGUUAGCCUACGUCGCCGCCUUCACCAUAUCGUCCUACUCUACGACGAGCACCCGGACCGGCAAGCCUUUCAAUCCGCUGCUGGGGGAGACUUUCGAGUGCGAUCGCUCGGACGAUCUGGGUUGGCGCGCCAUCAACGAGCAGGUGUCCCACCACCCUCCCAUGGUGGCGCAGUUCUGCGAGGGUAAGGAGUGGCGGUGCUGGCAGGAGUUCACCAUGACAUCCAAGUUUAGGGGAAAAUACUUGCAGGUGAUACCAUUGGGUAUCGCUCACGUGGAAUUUGUGGGUAGCGGCAACAAGUAUUCCUGGAGGAAAGUCACCACAACAGUUCACAAUAUUAUCGUGGGCAAACUGUGGGUGGAUCAGCACGGCGACAUGGAGAUCAUCGGCAAAGGCAGCGCCCUCGGCAUAAAGUGCCACCUUAAGUACAUCCCGUACUCUUACUUCACGAGGGACACCCAGCGGCGCGUAAAGGGCGUCGUUAUGGACGCCUCGGGCAGCGUCAAGUGGAUCAUCACCGGCACUUGGGACGACCAGGUGGAAAUCGCCCCAGUGACGGGCGACUCGGGCACCGCCAGUAACCCCGUGUACGAGACCGGCUCGUCGGUCUUAGCAUGGAAGCGUCAUCCCCCACCGGAAGACUCGGAGAAAUUCUAUAACUUCUCGUUGUUGGCGGCGCAACUGAACGAGCCGGAGGAGGGUGUGGCGCCCACCGAUUCGAGGCUGAGGCCCGACCAGAGGCUCAUGGAGGAGGGCAAGUGGGAUGACGCCAAUAAGGAGAAGAUUCGGCUGGAGGAGAAGCAGCGAGCGGUGCGCCGGUUGAGGGAGGCGGAGGCUGAGCAGGCCGCCGCGGAAGACCGUCCAUAUCAGCCAUACAGGCCCCUGUGGUUCGAGCAGACGAAGGAGGACGAUUCCGACGUCGUCCACCACGUCUACAAAGGGACUUACUGGGAGGCAAAAGAGAAACAGGACUGGUCGCAGUGCCCCGAUAUAUAUUAAUUUUGAAACUAGUGCCGUAUUUUAAUUCUAUCCAUUACCAUUACUUUUCCUUAUAAAGUCAUUUUAGUUCGGAGGGCUUCAGAGAUGGGUCUCCUUUCAUCGGGAGCGAUAGGAGGGGGAGGGGGGCGUAGGCGGUCAGCGCCGGUUUUAGUAAUUCUGUUGCAAAAGUAUCUUGUAAAUAUCUUAUGUGAUUUUACUUUCCUUUCUUUUUUUUGUAUAUAUUAUGAUUUGAACCAUCAGAUUUACUACAGCUUUUUCCUGAUAUGUGAUAAUGUAAAUAAAAGUACAUUGCGUAA